GGCCGUCGCCUCGGUCGCGUCGCUCCUCAUUUGCAUAAAGUUGAGAUUUUCUCAACUUUUUUCGCUCGCAUCGCGUCGCUCAAUUCGCUCGUCGCUCACGUCGCUCGUCGCCCGUCGCCGCUGUCGCCCGAAUCGCCCCUCGUCGCCAGCGUACAUUGAGCACCACAUUGAGCGCGAACGCGAACACGUUUUGGGCACGACCCUCAUAUCAGGACGGUGGAUGCAAGAAAGUGGAUUAAACUGUGAAACCUAAUAAAAGCUCGGAAAAAAUAUCUACAGUGGAAUUCUCCCGGACGACCCGGCCCUGCUGGAGUGCAGCUGGAGGAUUCGCUCGGAAGGAGAAUCGCAUUGGUCAGGUUUUUUGAGAUACCCUUGGAUUUGGACUGGAUCUGCCUGGAUGACGGAGCCAGAGUGAUGGCGAGCCUGACCCUGGAAGAUCAUUAGAUCUACGACCGCGGAAUUGAAUCCUUUUUUCACUUUACAUAUAUGCACACACCACCACACACAGUAGUGUGGCGUGACUGAUCUCCACCUGAACGGUGCACACACAGUAAAGUGAACACUCUAACUAGCCGGCUGCUGUCAGUUGGGAGUAGGAGAAACAGAGAGAGACUGAUGGCUGGGAUCAGCUGGUAUUUGAAGUGGAUGAUCAGCCAAUCAGCAGGCAGCAGCUCGGUCACCUGGUCAGCUGGGAGAGCCUGUGUCUUUGCCGACAUGGAGACAGUGGUGGGUGUAUCAGGGAGGAAGGUGAUGCUACCCUGCCACUCCUGGGCUGUGAGCCAGGGAAAAGUGGAGAUUUGCUGGGGAAGAGGAGAACCUUCAUUGUUCACCUGCCACAACACCCUAAUAGCUACUGAUGGAGCCCAAGUGAAGUUCAGAACCUCGCACAGGUACAUGCUGUCUCCCAGAGCGUCCAGCGAUGAUGCUUCUCUCUCCAUCUACAAGUCAAGAGCGUCAGAUUCUGGGUUCUACCACUGCAGGAUCCAGCUGCCUGGCUUGUUCAAUGACCAAACAUUCACCGUUCACCUAAUCAUCAUAAAUGGACCUACUGACCCACUGCCACCAGUAAAAUCCCUGCCCUCCAUCCACUCACCUCUGGAAACUCAAGUUGAGCCAAAGACACCACGUACACCUCCCAGUCAUACAGGAGCAGACGUCACUGUGGUGAGAAGAAGUGAUGUCACAGCUGUCUACACCACAGGGCUAAUGGUGGUGCAGGUUAAGAUACCUAAGGAUCAGCUUCCUGUGCAGCAGGAGCAGCUGCAUGAACUGUCGAGCUUUAUAGGAAACACAGUCAGACUGGCCCUCAUCAUCUUCAUACCUGCUCUGCUGUUGGCCGCUGCCUACCGAGUGUGGAGCUGUAAGAAGAAAGCCAGCUGUAAGUUGGCUGUAAGAAGAGAUGUCCAGGAGCCUCUCUAACCUGGCAGAGAGCUCUCUGUAGCCAUGUGUGUGUGAGUGUGUGUGUGUGCGUGUGCGCAUGAAGAUUUUUCUAUUCAUUCAUUCCUUCUUAACAGAUAUGGAUUUUGUGAUGUUGUUUUAAAACAUGUGGAACAGUUAAUAAUGUGAUAUGAUUUUACUAACUGAUGUUUUGUAAAUAGUUUAAAUGUCAUGUAACUGCUUCUGUGAGUACAGGGGAUGAUCGUACCUGUAUGUAUUCUGUAUUCACCUGAUGAAGACACAAAUAGUGAUUUGUUAAGUAAAUAUGGGAGCAUUAAAAACUUG